AUGUACCUCUUUGAUACUUCCAACCACAUUCGCAGACCGUACAAUACAGAAAUUGGAAUUCACGCAAAUCGCUUGAAAACUCUAUUUAUGUAUCACGAUAUGCUUCCUGGAAAUUGUUCCAACGUGAACGAUGAAAACGAUCCUGCUCAAAUCCGGAAAAGAGAGCUGGCACUGUUUCGAUCCUUUCCACUUGAUUGGCAGGGAGAUUUUAUCAAUUUGCAAAAUGAUCUGGCAAAUGACGAUAAUAUUGCGUGGAAAGAUAUUGUCAGUUGGAUGACGCAGAAGAAAAGAACGGUGGACAGAAAGAAACUCAUGCAGGAGAGUUCUCAACGUCGAGCUCGACCUGGUAAUCGCACAGGCGGUAGAGGCCUUCAACAAAAUCGUUUUGGUGGUGGUCAUGGUCAUGUUCGACCAAGCUAUGGUUUUCAACCAUAUCCAAGAACCCGAACUCUCCAAGAUAUUCUCAAGGGAAUUCACAAGGUUUUCAACGUGGAGGCAGUCCCUACCAACAAAAUCAAGGACGAUUUCAACCAAGAAGCCCCUACAAUGGUGGCAGAGGCCGUGGAUUCAAUGGCCAGCGCAGUGGACGCUCCCAAGCUGGUCGCUUUCAGCCAGGACGAAACUAUCAAGGCAGAGGCCAACAACAGCAACAACAGAGACAAAACUACUAUGCUGAGUCGCACUACAAUCAAGAAGCUGAAAGCUUUGCUGCGGAAAGCAGCGUUCCUGAAUGGAACCAAGACAAUGUCUUAUGGUGGAAUGCCAAGUGCCAAGCAGUACCAGCAUCAAGAACACUUUUAUCAAGCUGAGGAAAAUCAGCAACAAUGGAACAAUCAAUUCAACUUUGAACAGGAAGAAUAUUAUCCUGAAGAGCAGGAGGCGCAAGAAAACUUUUCCUAUGAUGAGGACUCGCCAUUUUUGUUUCAUGAAGAUCGGUACUGA